CUCAUUGGUUAAAAACCAGGAAGUUGUUACACCAAAUCCGGUGGGCGAAACGGCGGUCUUUUGAGUUAGUUAAAAUGCUAUUCCUUUAAACUAAUCUAAAAAGUGUAUUUAUUUUUUAUUGCUUUCCAGUCAAUAUGGGUGAAAGGAUAAAAAAGGUUAACAGCUGGCUCGGCUCAGUGUUUGGUGAUCAGCCGGUGCCACAGUUUGAGGUAAAUACAAGGACAAUGGACAUAUUGUACCAGCUUUCACAGACCAGUGAAGCCCGGUGUAGUGACACCGCUCUGCUUGUAGAAGACCUCAGACAGAAAACGUCAGAAUACCAGACAGAAGCUAUUUACCUGCAGGAUGUUCUUCUAGAAGGGGUUGGUCUCUCUCCCACAAGCUUGUCAAAACCAGCUGCAGACUAUGUGUCUGCUUUAGUGGACAGUGCUGUGGUGCUGGGAGUAAGAGAUACAUCACUGGGAAGUUUUAUGCCAGCUAUCAACAGCCUCACCAAUGAACUUCUGGAAGCGGAGAAGUCUAACAGAAGACUCGAGAGGGAACUUGGAGCUCUCAGAGAGAGACUUGGUUCCACUCUGGUGCUACGGGCAAACUUGCAAGAGGAUAUUGACAGAACUGCCAAAUCUCAAGCAGUGGAGGGCUCUAAAGCAGAAGAAAGGCUGCUCACCAUGGAUUUUGUGGUGGCAAAGACCAGAGAGCUUACUAACAAAUGGAAGAAAUCAGAGGCUCAGCUGGCAUCCAGGAACAUGGAUAAAUCCAUCACCCACCAGGCCAUUGUGCAACUGGCCGAGGAAGUCGGUGCCCUGAAAACGGAAAUAAUCCCCCUGAAAAAAAAGCUGGAGUCAUACUUGGACCUCAGCCCAAACCCGUCUCUAGCACAAGUUGAGAUAGAAGAAGCAAAAAGAGAGCUGGCUGCAAUUGAUUCUCAACUUGAAGAAAAUUUGAAUUUCAAUUGAGGACCUGUUAAAUGGAAAAAUGAUUAAAAAUAAACUUUUUCUCUUUUAAAGUC